AUGGAUGUAGAACGUUUUGAUGUUGCUCCUGACGGGUGGUGGGACGAGGACGAUCUGGAGAGCCGCGAGGUCGUCGCGCCAGCCGGCACUUCCACUGAAGACAGCACCGAAUCCGCCGCUUCUGAAGAAGAUCGCAUCUUACUACUUGCAUCACAACAGUAUGAAGAUGAGGCUAGUUCAAAUGCUGUAGAGUCACCGGAAACCUCCGCUUCUGCUAGGUUUGGAGCGCCCGUGACGGCCAUGUCAAUUGACCAGUUAAUUACUUCUAAGGUCCCAGCAAAAACUAGGAAAACUACUCAGUGGGCGAUUAAUGUUUGGAAAGAGUGGGCUGUUUUCCGAACGUCUUCCGCUUCGCGGGACGAGGAGGGGGCUCACGGGCUUAAUGAAGAUUUCGUUAGCAUGAACGCAGCCGAUCAGAGCUUUUGGAUGUGCCGUACUGAUUGA